AGAAGAAUUUGUCAUUACAGAGUUGCUGCUGGCUAUGAAGACUUUGAGACUCAUCCUCUUGCUCUUUUCAUUCGUUUUGCUUCCAUUCUACACUGUCAAUUCCAGCAUAUGCACAAUCAAUUGCGUUGCAAAGGUGAAUCUAAGGGAAGAAUGCUCAAAAGCAUGCGGCAAGAUUGGUAACCAGAGCAUCCAUCAUGAUCUAGGUCAACCAGCAGCUCCCAGAGGAAAACGCAGCACCAUCAGCACAGUUACCUUGGAGCUGCUAACGACUAGGAAGACGGCUAUUUACAACGAAACCGUUGUUAUUGUUGAGCAGAAGCGCAGACUUGAUACAGUCAACACUACAGUUAUACUUCCUUAUUUACAACCAUUUCAGAUCACUAAAUGGAUGAAGGAAAUAACAUUUCAAAAUUUGGAUGCUGGGACAGAGUAUAUUUACAGAUUUGCCAUUGUGACGCGGAAUACGACGACGACAUUCAGCGAGUGGAGUCCGCCAUUUCUUACCAAAGACAGGUGUCUGCCCGAAAAUUGUGCACCGACGAACCUCGCUUUGAUUCCUAAGAUUGAUGAAAUCGAGUCGAAGACAAAUAAGGGGUACUUCAGGUACGUCAUUCAACUCACACUAACAUGGCGCCCACCAAGAGUGAAGGUCAAUGGGACAUAUGAGCUGGAAUCCUAUAUAGGUGAAGUUUAUUUGUCAGCGGAAUCAGCGGCCACAAAGUGUAAGAAGACGUUUCACAGAGAGAUAACUUUCAGCAGAAUUGACAAGAACAAAACGAGUUAUCGUAUACCAACAAAGGGCCAAGUAUUUCUGAAAGGCUGCUCGUAUGAUGUCGUGAUGUGGAGCAUACCAUAUACAUCGGGAACGAUUGCAAAAUUCCGCUUGCCAGAUUGCAUAGAAGGGCAUUGCAAGUGUCCAGAGCUCAAUGCAAACCGUAGUGGAGCCGACUCAAAUGAAAUAGACACAGCUAUUUCUAACGACCAGCUGAAAAUCUCAUGGAGCAGAGGAAGUUGGUCUACAAAAGACAUACACUAUUUCACUUUGGACUUAUGGAACGAAGAUAAUAGGCCCUUAGGGGCGCUCAUACAUGUCCUAUCCAAGGGAAAGAAUUAUACCCGCGAAGUUAAAACUUUAGGUGCCAGUCAGAUCAAAGUUACAAUUAUGGCCAAAGACAAGUGGAAAUGCACAGUGGAACCCAUUCUGAGCAAAUUAGUUCGCCUGCCACCUAAACGGCCCGCAACACAAGAACCUACAAAUACAACAACAUCAGCAAAAACUUUGCAAAAACAGGAAAUGAAAAAAGAUUUUUUAAAAGUGGUCCUGAUUUCACUAGUCCCCACCAUUGUUGUAGCUCUAGCUGUCUGCCUUAUUGUGAGGUACUUCCGAGAAAAGAGGGAAAUAAGGAGCAGGAAUAUCAGCAUGAUCUAUGCAGCCCAGAGCCUCUCCAUAAAUCAUUACAAUGACGAUAGAGCAAGCCAGACCGGCGGGGCGGGUAUCAUUGACAACAGCAAGUCAUCCGACAUGGAGCGCAAUCCACUGUAUGUGUCACAUGAUGCUCAAGAUUCCUUCGAGUUUCCAUAUUCAAGGCUGCGAUUUGUAAAGAUUCUAGGGAAAGGAGCAUUUGGCAAAGUGUACCUAGCAUAUGCACAAGGACUCUUCGGAGAAGACAAAGACCUCCCUGUAGCUGUGAAGCAGCUCAAAGAAAGUCUGUCAGAGCAAGAGACUAGAGAGUUUAUGCAAGAAAUUGAUUUUAUGAAAACCAUUGGCUUCCAUGAAAACAUACUGGCCAUUCUAGGGUGCUGCACCCAACAGCUUCCUUUGUGUUUGAUUGUUGAAUAUGUGCCAAACGGUGACCUUCAAAGUUAUCUAAGGAAACUUAGAAGGGAGUACGAAAAAGAGCAUCCAGCAUAUCUUGACAGAGCUGCCAUGUUGCGGAAAGGAGCCUCGCAGUCACCACGAAUAAGCUAUGACUACGAUUCAGCGAGACCAUUGUUACCAAGGGGAUCAUUGGAUUCGACCUCGCAAAACAGUUCGCAAGCAACACCCCAAGCAGUAUCAGAGAGCAAAGAUGAUGAAAAAUUAAAGGAAGCCUGCCCAUUUGAUGAAAUCCUGACAGCUCACGAUCUCCAGAAUUUUGCGUGUCAAAUAGCCUGCGGAAUGGAAUAUUUAUCUUCAAAAGGGAUAGUCCAUCGUGACGUUGCAGCGAGAAACAUUCUUGUAGGCGAAAACAAGGUACUGAAGAUAUCUGAUUUCGGUCUUUCGAGAACCGGUGAGAUCUACGUGAAGUUGGGCCAAGGAAAAAUUCCUUUGCGAUGGAUGUCCAUUGAAGCAAUCAAAGACAAUAUUUACACAAGCGAAAGUGAUGUAUGGGCAUUUGGAAUCGUUAUCUGGGAAAUCUGCACGCUAGGAGGAUACCCAUAUCCGUCUACAGCCGAUUCGGAAAUAAUGCGCUUCCUUUUAAGUGGAAAACGCCUCGAAAAACCAGAGAACUGCACAGAUAAAAUAUAUCAAAUCAUGAGAUCUUGUUGGAUGCACUUCCCUGCAGAUAGACCCACAUUCAAAGAGUUACAUGAAUCACUCGAUGAUAUGAACAAAGAUGAGAGUUCAUAUGUAAACUUCAGCACAAUCCAACAAGUCAUACUGCCACCGACCAGUGAAGAUAUCAUUGAUACCCAAGGACAUCUUCUCAACAAAAACGAUUCUUUUCGCAAGUCACGUGCCCCCACAAACCUCAUUCAAUUCAGCGAUGGAUCCAACUCUUACUUUCUAUCUGAAACAGAAAUUGGCUCUAGAACCGAGGACACCAACAGUGAGGCCACUGAUUUCAAAGAGAGUAAAUUUGACGGCCCAGCGGCGGACAAGCAGCUAAGGACAAUACAAGAACUGGAAGAGAAGCAAAGAGACCUCGACUCCAAGGAAGAUCAUAGUGAUAACGAGGCUAUGAGCAACUCAAAUGGCAUUAACUGCGAAAGGAAUGGAAUUAAGCCAGAUUUGCCUGCAAUAAUGAUACCUUAG